AAAAAUCGUUUGAUAAAAAUUAAUAAGAAAAAUAAAAUGUCUAUAGUUUCAUCAUCACAACAACAACCACCACCUCCAUGGCAAGUUGUUGUUCUUCUAUCAAAUCAUCUUGAUCCAAAAACCCUAGCUAUUUCUUCAUGUGUUUGCAAAUCAUGGUUAAUUUCUAUGUCUUUAGAUCAAAUAUGGCAACCCCUUUGUUCUUCUCAUUAUCCUUCUCUAUCAACACUUCAUAGUUUUACUACUACUAAUAAUAAUGAUUCGAAUGUUUCUUAUAGGCGGUUAUUCGCCCUUGGUCAGAGGGCGAGUAACCGUCGAUUAAAACAACCAGUGAAACCUUAUAUUUCGCUUAAUAACAUCAUAUUUGCACUAAACAUUUACAAAAACUCUACAUGUAUGGUGAGUUUAGUCAAGCAUGGAAAUCAACUUAGUUUCGACAAAAAAGGUGUUUUUCGAUUCGAUAUCGAUGUUGAGCAAUAUUGGAGGAGGAUUCUUGGCUCCGCCACUGAUAUCAAGAACAAGAACGGGGAUUUGGGCCUGUUCGAUACCCUCGGAGACGUGAGAGUAACGUGGGAUGUAAUUUUGGAAGGGUAUAAAGGGGUUUUCAAUGUAAUGAAUUGUAAAGGAAAAGGUAGGUUUGUUUUAGGGUUGGAAGGAUGGUUUUCGGAGGAGCUACCACCGCCGGGGUGUUGCUCGAGCGAUACCGUUAGCGGUCUCGUGGCGGAUUUACGGUUAGGAUUGAAGGUUGAAGAUGGAAGAGCAAUGGUGGAGAAAAUGAGUGCUGGAAUUUUGAGUAUAGUGAGUUGGAGAUAUUUAUUUGUUGAUGAUGCUCUUAGGUAUUUGCAACAUUUUCUUUCACCUUUUUGA